AUGGCGGCCUCGGUGUUACACUAUUUUGGCUUCGGCAACAACGCUCCCUCAGGUAAGGAGCAAGUUAAAGAUGCACCCGUGCGUGCUUUGCCAGCAUCAUGGUAUACUUCUCCAGAUAUGUAUGAGUUGGAGCGUCGUGCCAUCUUCUCCAAGAGAUGGAUCUUCCUCACCCACAGCUCGCGGAUAAAGGAGUCCGGCGACUGGCUUCGAUAUGAGAUUGCAGGGUUCGACUUUAUCGUUGCUCGUGAUCGACAGGAUAAUGUCAACGCAUUCCACAAUGUCUGCAGACACCGAGCAUACCCUGUGAUCGAGAAAGAGGGUUCGGGAAAUAACAAGAUCUUGUCUUGUCGAUAUCACGGCUGGUCUUAUGGACUGAAUGGAAAACUCGCCAAGGCUCCUGGAUAUCAAGACCUGGAUGGGUUCGACAAGGAACAGAAUGGCCUUUUCCGGAUCCAUGUCAAGGUCGACGUUAAUGGCUUCAUCUGGGUUAAUCUAGAUGCGAAUGAAGUUCCAGAAGUACCAUGGGAGGAGCAUUUUGCAAAUGUCGACAAACAAGAGCGGUAUAAAGUCUACAAUUUUGACGACUACGACCUCGACCAUUCUUAUGAGCUUGAUGGUCACUACAACUGGAAGAUUCUGGCUGAUAAUUUCAACGAAUGCUAUCACUGCCCUACAACACACGCCGACAUCCCUCAAUUUCUCAACCUCGAGUCUUUCGACAGCGAUCUAAAAGAUGGACAUAUCCAGCACCAUUGCGAGUCUACCGCAGAACAGAUGGAGAAAGGCCUUUAUACCGCCAGCACAUAUUACUUCCCUGUGUCUGCUAUGGUCGUUUCACCGCAUUUUAUCAUGAUCCAGAAAUUCCUCCCCACGGGUCCCACCAGCUCCAAGAUGGCCUACGAGAUCUACCGAAACAGAAACUCCGCCGAAAACGACUUCAGACUUAUCAGUGAUAUGUAUGAGCGCGUCAUGAAAGAAGACAAAGUCCUCUGCAACAAUGCACAGAAAAACCUCGAUCGAAAUGUUUUUAUUAGUGGUCAACUACACCCUAAGUACGAGAAGGCACCGCUAUUUUUCCAGAGUACAGUUCGCGAUGUCAUCACGAAGCAUUUUGAGCUUGAAAAAUCAGAGGGACGGGAGAUUUGGCCCGCGAAACGCAAAAUACAACGCAACGCGGAAGUGAGUGAGAAAGACGAGGAGAUCUGUGCAGCUCUCAGCUGUGGAGCCCUGAAAGAAGGUUUGGCUUGGUAA